UAUUGACUUUUCAGUUCAGUUCAGUAUUAAAAGAGUGCAAACGUGAAGUAGAGAGAAGCACCGAACAGAAUUUCGUGAUCACACUAAAUGUUCAAGGAAAGGAACACGUCAGUCAAGAUAACCUCUAAAACUAAAAUAAUGUAUAAUUUUCGGUAUUUCAAUUGAGUUUUUUUAGUUGUUUGAAGAAAUAAAUCAACUUAUUAUUGCUCUUUAAAGUCGGCACCAUUCCAUGAACGAAUAAGUUUACUGAUUUUCCUCUUUCGUGAUUAGUGGAUCUGUAUUUUCCUUGUAAUCAUGCAUCAAAACUCUGAUGAUAUGGUCUGGGCUACGCAAAAUAUUUAUACGAGUCCCAUCAGCUCUGUUGAUAAUGCCUAUUCUAUGACAAGUUCAAGCCAGGACAGUUUCUCUAGUAAUAUAUCUGAAAAAGUACCUUCUCCAGAUUCCACCAAUACUCCAGGUAAACCAUACUUGAAAAUCAUGGAGGAGCCUGCUAACCAGUUCAGGUUUCGAUAUAAAUCCGAGAUGCAGGGAACACAUGGAGCGAUAUUGGGUGCUAGGGCCACAAAAAAUGAGAAAACAUAUCCCACUGUGAAGCUUUUCAACUAUGAUGGUGAUGCAGUAAUCAGAUGCACUCUGUACACAGCUGAAAAUAAGAGGAGGAGGCCUCACGUACAUAGGCUUGUGGGCAAAAUGUCAGGACGGACAGAAAAAGAUGACCCGCAUGAUAUGCGUAUCAGCCAGUCGGACAACCAUACGGCAUGUUUCCAGAACCUUGUUAUAAUUCACACUGCCAAGAAAGUGUUGGUUGAUGAACUGUUGGGUAAGAAAAAACGAAUAGCAGAAGCUAGAUUCACUCAAAAACUCAACAUCGAGGAAAAACUGCUUGGCAAGAUGAGACUUGAAGCUGAACAGGAUGCCAAAGGAAUGAAUAUGAAUUCGGUUUCGCUCAAAUUUGAAGCAUUUUCGUUGGUUAAUCAGCAGUAUAUUCAAAUUUGCGAACCUGUCUACUCUCAACCUAUCAACAAUAUGAAGAGUCAUGUGACUGGUCAGUUAAGGAUAUGCCGACUCAGCAAAUUCUACAGCUCGUGCGAAGGUGGAGAAGAAAUCCUUCUAUUUGUGGAGAAGGUUGGAAAAAAUAAUAUAAAAGUUCUAUUCACUGAACGUGAUGAUUAUGGCAAUGAAGUGUGGCGUGAUUAUGCAACUCAUGUGGAAGUUCAUCACCAGUUUGGAAUCAGUUGCAGAUGUCCAAAAUACAAAUCACAAGAUAUAUGUAGGGAAGUUUUGGUUAAGAUGCAGCUUGAGAGGCCUUCUGAUGGAGCCACAAGCGAGACCCGUGACUUUGUAUACAAACCAGCCGAAUAUAGUAACACGUCUACAAAGAGGAGAAGGUUGGACUCGGUUGUAUUCACAAAUCCAACACCCGACUCGACAUGCAAUCCACAAAUGGAUAGGUUUGGAGAUGACUGGCAAACAGUGUUGCCAACUGGUGCAGCUGCAUCGGUCGUUCUGCAGUCCAGCAACACAGACCCGCUUCUCAGAUUCAUAGAACCACAUCGAGAUGAGGAUGAUUUCGUCAUGAUCAAGGAUGCCUUGUUGUUCAGUUCCCUAAUACCAAAUGAGGCGAUGGCUGAAAGCACAAAUGAAGAGAACGCUUCUUCAAGUAUAUCAUUCUCAGCCGAGAUCAGAAACUAUCCCACACCACCAGAAACAAUGAUACCUGAUGUAUACAGUUCCGAGGAACUGCAAAAAGCCAUUCAAGAGGAUGCUAUUGCUCCAGAAUAUGGCGAAUUGGUACCUGACAGAGUUUACACAAGGAAUCUUAAACCUAAAAAUACUGGCAUCCAUUUCCAAAUGGCAGAUCCAGAUGCAUUGGUUGCCAUAAGUCAAGCUGCCCUUCCAGUUCCCUUUCCGCGUGAGAGAAAGACUAAAGAUGGCAUUACUAUUGCUUAUCCAGAAGGCGCUCUCUCUCAUCCCUCCAAUCAGCGUCCAUCAGGUAUUGAAUUCUUCUGUGAAGUUUCAAGUUCAAGAGCACAGAGGAAAAUUUCGAAACCAGAUGAAUUGGUUACCAGAGUUCAAGCUGGUGUUUUCGAUUUUGAAUCUGACUUCCUACAUCCAGGUAAAUUUAUCUAGUUCAACAUGUUUCUU